AUGGCGGUUCUUGUCGACCUGACCCUUGCCUCGACUUCCGUGCCUUCCCAGGAUAAGAAUCUGAUAAUGCUUCGUCGGCUACCUGGACGGGUUGAUUGUAAGCCACCAAGGAUUCCAUCGGCUGCUAUGCGCCAGGCAUCCGCACCGCGCAGGUACGCAAGCGUGGAGAAGACGAGGAACACUGCCACAAUCUUCAUGCACUUUGAAAGUGUCGGAAACGGCGGAAAAGUCAACUUGCUAUGCUGUGUUCCACGCGCCUGUCUGGCUGGGCCCAACCUGGAAAUGGGGCGAGUUCGGCCAAUGCAUUUGAACGCCCCUUUCCACGCUGCACACAGCUCAGUGUUUCCCCCCAAAAAGGGUCAAUUUGCCGAUACAACGCAUACAAAUAGGCCAUUCUACGUCGAGGUUGGUCCCCAACCAAAGAUACCGUCGCUUGCUAUACUCCGAGCCUUUCCAGCUUCGAUGGCUUCUGUUCAAGCUCCUGGAUCUGUCCGAACCUUAUCCCAGCUACUCAAAAGAGCGGCAGAGACAAAGGGUCAUCUCUACUUUUACUCUGAAAAUGUUGCGGAACCCGGUCUUUCCACCCUAUCCUACCGCGAACUCUUGUCCGAGGCACGCGAUAAGGCAAGAUUGAUCAACCACAGCAUCCAAGCUCAGUCGCCGGAGUCGGUCUUGUUGACACACUUCGAUUCACAGCGUGACAGCAUUGUCUGGUUCUGGGCGGCGACGUUGGCAGGAUUUCUGCCAUGUAUUAUGUCACUUCCGCUGGUCAAUAACAUUGGGCAGCGCAAAAAGCAUCUACGCCACCUGCACGGCCUACUGAAAGAGCCGACCAUAAUCACCACCAACAAACUUGCAGCUGAGUUUCUUGAUCUGUGCGAAUUGAAAGUUAGAACUGUCGAGGACCUUCGAUACGUUGAUUGCGUUGAGAAGUUUGCGAGUCAGGAUGCCGGACAAAAAGCAGACGCCGGCAGCAUCGCGGCGCUAAUGUUGACAUCCGGGAGCACAGGCAAUGUCAAGGCAGUUCCACUCCGCCAUGGCCAAGUCCUCGAUGCCGUCACUGGAAAAAGCGCACAUCACAGGACCACAACUGCCGACAUCUUUCUCAAUUGGGUCGGAUUAGAUCAUGUCGCAAGUCUAGUAGAAAUCCAUCUUCAUGCAAGAACUAAAUCAAGCUUUCUAGUGAGCCUUGGAGCCAGUCAAAUUCAUGUUCCUGCGCCGCCUCUCAUUCAAGACCCAAUGCAAUUUAUUCGACUUCUGGACACAUACAAUGUCACUUACACCUUUGCGCCCAACUUCUUCUUGGCCAUGGCUCUGGACACUCUGGUUCUGAGUCCAGGUUGUACAGCAAAUCUUUACAAUCUGAGGGCUUUGAUAUCAGGCGGCGAGUCAAAUCCUACAUCAACUUGCCAUGAGCUUACGCGAGAACUACGCCGUCUUGGCUGCAAGGGUGAGGUAAUACGCCCAGGUUUUGGAAUGACGGAAACAUGCGCUGGUUCCAUCUAUUCCAUACAUUGCCCCUCAUACGACAUCGAGCGAUCUGUUGAAUUCGCGAGUCUGGGUUCGUGCAUACCAGGGAUGAAAAUGCGCGUCAUGAGCCUCCAUGAUCCCCAGGAUGAAGCUCCCAAAGGCCACACCGGCCAGCUUCAGGUCACUGGAAAAAUGGUAUUUAGCCACUACCUCAACGACGAAAAGGCGACGAAAGACUCCUUUAGUUCAGACGGCUGGUUCAUUACGGGAGACCUGGCAUGGAUUGAUGAUGCCAGCAAUCUUCAUUUGGCUGGCCGUAUCAAGGACUCCAUCAUCGUCAAUGGCGUUAAGUGGAGUGCAACCGAGCUGGAAAGCGCACUCGAUGAUGAGAGGAUUCCAGGGAUGACUCCAUCUUUCACGGUUUGUUUCCCGACCCGGACGGCUGGGUCACCGACUGAGAGUAUCGCCAUCGCCUACUCCCCGCGAUUCCGUGACGAAGAUCUCCGUGCGCGCUCUGAGACGGUCAGGGCAAUCACAAGGUCAUCACUAGGCAAGAUCUCGCGCUCCAAAAUCCGCGCUGCACUCGAGAGUGGCCAAUUCGGACCGAUUGAGUGCGAAGACCAACAGCUCCUCGACCAAGACAGACAGCACAAAAGGCGGGGCGCCGAGACUGACAGCGAGAAGGUUGUGCAGGGCAUAUUAGCCGACCUUUUGAAGAUGCCUGUUGUGGAGAUUGACGUGGAGACGUCCAUCUUCGACCACGGCGUCGACUCGAUGCAUCUCAUCCUUCUGAAAUCCAGAAUACAGGGGGCGAUUGGCGGCCAGGUUGACAUCCCCAUGCCAACCGUCGUCGCUAUCGCAUCCGCCAUUGACCGGCUCGUAUCGCAUCCAAUCAUUUACACCCCGAUUGUGCCAUUGCAGCAGAAUGGAUCUGGCACACCCUUGUUUUGUAUCCAUCCCGGCAGCGGAGACAUCCUCGUGUUCAUUGCUCUUGCAGCACACUUCCCGACCCGUCCCGUGUAUGCCCUCAGAAGUCGGGGUUACAAUCCUGGGGAAUCCUUCUUCUCUUCUAUCGAGGAGACUGCGGAACGUUACGCAGCAGGGAUCUGCAAGGCACAGCCGCAGGGACCCUAUGCCAUUGCAGGCUACUCACUUGGUUCCACGCUCGCCUUCGAGGUUGCAAAGGUGCUCGAAAAGCAGGGUCGAGAAGUAAGGUUCCUGGCUAGUAUCGACUACCCGCCACACAUUGCGCAUUACGUGCGCGGCUUGGAUUGGAUUGAUGUUCUUUUACACAUUGCAUUUUUCCUGGAGCUCGUUGAUGAGGAGACCAUGAAGGACAUCACUCCCCACUUGCACACACUCAACCGCGACGAAGCGCUGUCUUACGUCCUCGGAGUCGGCGAUGCUGAACGUGCCAGUGCUCUCGCCAUUGACAUUGAAAGGCUUGCGUUGAUCUCAGACAUUGCCGAGAACUUCCGUGUCAAUGUACAAAGCUAUGAACCUGAAGGCAACGUCAAUAAUCUAGACGUGUUUGUAGCGGACCCGCCGUCUUACGCGGCUCAUGACCGACAAGACUGGAGGGAAAACAGGCUUGAACGCUGGGUGGACUUCACGCGGACAGGAGCAGAGUUCCACAAUUGCCCGGGCAUUCAUGCAAAAAUGCUCAACAAGGAACAUAUGGCCGACUUUGCGAAAAUAUUCAAAGCGGCCAUGAGAAUGAGAGGCGUCUAG